AUGUUUGGCUCAUUAGCAAAUCUACAGCCCCGGCAACUGGCCGCGCAAGUCCUCAACUUCGCCCUCGUCCUCUCGACCGCUUUCAUGCUAUGGAAAGGACUCUCGGUCUUCACCGACUCAUCUUCGCCAAUCGUCGUUGUGCUAUCAGGGAGCAUGGAGCCAGCGUUUCAAAGAGGGGAUCUCUUAUUUCUAUGGAACAGAGGGCAAGAGACACAAGUGGGCGAGGUCGUGGUCUACAAUGUGCGAGGAAAGGACAUUCCGAUUGUGCAUAGAGUGAUAAGGCGAUUCGGUGGAGGAAGCGCACCACUGAAUCUUUUGACCAAAGGAGACAACAAUGCAGCCGACGACACAGAGCUUUACGCACGAGGCCAGAGCUACCUCGACCGUUCGAAGGAUGUCAUCGGCAGUGUCGUGGGCUACGUGCCGUUCGUCGGCUAUGUCACAAUCCUGCUCAGUGAGUACCCGUGGCUCAAAACGGCCAUGCUUGUAUUCAUGGCUUUGAGCGUGGUGUUACAGCGAGAAUGA